UGGCAAAACACAGCAAAAUCACUGAUUCGUUUUCAGUCGAAUGUUGACUUGUCUCCAAAUGCGAUAAUGGACGCAAUGGAUGUUGACAUUGCCCGAGCCACUUUCGAGUUGGAGAAUGAAGUAUCUAAAGUAGCUAGCGUGGAUGAAAUAUUCCACUUCAAUGCCGAAGAACAAAAGGAGGUGCAAUCUGCUCGCCCUUGGUCCAAAGACCCAAACUACUUCAAAGAAGUCAAAAUCUCGGCCUUGGCUCUAUUGAAGAUGGUGAUGCACGCUCGUUCUGGUGGUCAAUAUGAGAUCAUGGGGCUGAUGACGGGCAAAGUAGACGGUAACACAAUGAUCGUCCUGGACAGCUUUGCCCUACCGGUACAGGGCACAGAGACACGUGUCAAUGCUCAGAGUGAGGCCAAUGAAUACAUGGUUGAGUACAAGAUUGAGGCGGAAAAGAUUGGUCGAAACGAAAAUGCCAUCGGCUGGUACCAUAGCCAUCCUGGUUAUGGCUGCUGGCUGUCGGGAAUUGAUUGUCAUACGCAGAUGAACAAUCAGACGUUCCAAGAGCCGUUUGUAGCUGUUGUGAUUGAUCCUGUCCGUACCAUAUCAGCUGGGAAAGUGAACCUUGGCGCUUUCCGGACGUAUCCUAAGAACUACAAGGCAGCACAGGAUUCUGAGCAGUCCGAGUACCAGAGCAUUCCUUUGGACAAGAUUGAAGAUUUCGGUGUCCAUGCAAAGGAGUACUAUCAAUUGGACGUCAGCUAUUUCAAGUCCUCUACCGACAGUCGAAUGCUGGAUUUGCUGUGGAAUAAGUACUGGUUAACAACGCUAUCUGCCUCACCGCUAUUCACAAAUGCAUCUUACUUAGCUGAGCAAAUUGCAGAUAUUGCCAAGAAGAUCUCUGACCUGGCCAAGGGUGAGAAGCGUCCCAUGGCUCUGUUGCGCCAAUCUGACGUAGUUGAUCCUAAGCUACACAAGAUAAGCUGCGAUGGCGUCAAGGCAUCAUCAGAAGCCAUUCAUGGUCUCAUUGCUCAGGGUAUCAAAGAAUGCCUGUUCAACUUUGCUGGUUCCCGUGAUCACGGGCCUAGUGGCAAUGCUACAUGAUGAUGAUGAUAUGCGCUCACUCCUAGUUGCCACAGGUGUGUCCCUCUGUCCCAGUAGGGUAAGAUCACCCUUGUAUAGCUUCUCUAUCUUUGUACAGUCUUGGCUGGCCUCGCCUAUGCUUAUGAUCAGCGCGGUUUCCCGCUGAACAUCCAAUCUGGUGUUCUUCUCACCAUCUGCAGUAGUGAGGUAGCCUGUGCGUUCACUGUAAAUAUCCUUCCAAGUAUCUGUCUUGUCGUCGAUUUUGUACAUACCGUAAGCAUCGUUGUUCUGUCCCCUGCACAAAGAAACAUGCCUGUCUUCAUUUCCGUUGUCUCGUUCUAGUUGCUAGCUGCCCAAGCCAAAGGCGUAUCUUUAUUCUAUUUGUUUACUUUUUUUAAUGGAUCAUGCAGGACUUGUUUCAUUUCCCUCACUGUGCUGUGCACACCCUGACUGGACAUAAAGAUUAUACUUCUUGCUUUUGCCUUGUGCUCUUGCCGUAGGCUUGCUCAGCUGUAUUUUUAUCUUCAUAUCAUGACCUCUUUCUUACCUCUGCUUGUGUUGUGUGAUUUGGUGACCCGGUCAUCAGUUUCCUUGCCCUCUACAACACGCAUUGCUGUCGUUCCGGGUGUUAGCGGUCGUCGCGAGUUCCCUUGGGAACGGAGACGGAUAUUUACUUUUGCUUUCUCGUGAACAUUUGUGAGCUGGGUA